AGCCUUCCCUCCUUGGGGCGGAGCAUCGCUCAUACCACGCCCCCAUGCCUCCCGCCUCCUGGAUGUUCCCGGAAGCUGACCGGCUUACCCUGGCCGAGUUGAUUGGUUGCAAUUUUGGACACCGCGCCGCGGGGGUUUUGUGUUGUUUUGAGUUCUCAGAGAAGACGAUGGCUGGGCAGGGUCGUCUGCGCGAGCUCCUGGGCCCUCUGCACCCGUACAAGAGCGACGACGAGGAGGAGGACUGUGCGCAGGAGGAGGAGGGGGAGCAGGACUCGGAGUUUGUGGAUGCCGAGGAGCUCUGCAGCGGGGGCAUCAAGGCGGGCAGCCUCCCUGGGCGCACGCGAGUGUCUAUUCCUGAUGAAAAUACUAAAGAGAAAUGUAGCGUGUAUGGACGGUUCCCGCUCCAAGGUCCGUGGUGGCGCGUAAAGGUCCGGGUGGUGAAACCCGGGCGAUCUAGGAGCUAUCAAGUUCAAGGCUUUCCGGCAUACUUUCUACAGGCUGAUAUGUCGCCACCAUAUCAAGAACAAAUCUGCUCACUUUUUCUUAAAGAAUGCGACUUAGCCCCUGAGCGCAUACAGGAAUUUUUAAAAUGGGUAAAAAAAGUGUCAAGCUUUGAAAAUCUACACUUUGAAAACCUUCAGGAAACAUUACGGAAUUUCUACGGAGAAACCGAAAAGAAAGAUAAAAAGUCGUCUACACAAAAGGAGCAGGGUGAGGAGAAGAGAGUGGAAAAAUCAUUCCCGUUUAUAAGUGCAAUGGUAGCUCUGCAGUUCCCCAAAGUCAUGGAAUUCCUUCCGUCGCUUUUUCCUCGACACUUCAAAAGGCUCCUCAGCUCGAGUCCUGAUUGGGUGCUGGGAAGCAUAGAGGAGAUUCUGGGUACACAGCCGUGGAAGCUGGGCUUCAGGAGGAUAACCUACAGAGAGCUGAAACUAGUGCGCUGUGAGGCCAGCUGGACAGCGUUCAGUCAGUGCCCCUCUCUGCUCCAACUGAUGACGCCCCUGCAGAAGAAUGCAUUGGUCAUAUAUUCUAAGCUGAGGCAGACAUGCAGAGAAGAUGGACAUACGUACAUUGAAGUAAAAGACUUGACCUCGGGCUUGUCGGAGUAUAUGUCAUUCGAGGAAGCAUGCCAGUCUCUGGCGUUUCUGAAGGGCAUUGACGUGGUCAUUUAUGAGAAGGACUGUGUCUUUCUUUCUGAACUGUACGAGGCCGAGCAAGACAUCGCCUCCUCCAUCUGUGAGCUGAUGAACAGACCCCCGUGGCAUUUAAAAGUGGACGUGAAGAACGUCCUGGCGUCAAUUAGAGGUGCAAAGUGCGUCGAUCCAGGAAGUGCUGAGGCAGUGGAAGGGAGCAAGCCAGAUGAGGUGGGAUCAGAGCAGGGUGACAGUGUUUUAGACGCACAAGACGGCGGUGACCAUGUUAGAAGCAAUGGCGAACACGUCUCGAAUGCAGAAAUAAACGAAGUCCCACUGUAUCGAGAUCAGGUGGUCGCCCUGGAAACGAUCUGCGCCAACGCGGUGACUGUCCUCAGUGGGAAAGGCGGCUGUGGGAAGACCACCAUUGUUAGCCGUCUUUUUAAGCACGUGGAGCAUCUGGAAGAAACGGAAGUGCAGCAAGCCUGCGAGGAUUUUGAACAAGACCAGGAAGCCUCAGAAGAGUGGCUCGCCUGCCCUAAGCAGAGUCCAGCCGGGGUGGACAAGGCUGUAGAAGUCUUGCUCACUGCACCUACAGGGAAGGCAGCUGGCUUAUUGAGGCAGAAGACCGAUCUUCCUGCUUACACGCUAUGCCAGGUCAAUUACAGUUUCUAUAUGUGGAAAAUGAAAAAUGAGGUGGACAAGCCGUGGAAAUUCUCUACGGUUCGAGUUCUGGUUGUGGAUGAAGGAAGUUUGGUGUCUGUCGGGAUCUUCAAGUCCGUGUUAAAGUUGCUGUGUGAACACCACUCCAAACUGUCGAAGCUUAUCAUCCUUGGUGAUGUUAGACAGUUGCCCAGUAUUGAACCUGGUAACAUGCUGCAGGAUGUCUUUGAGACUCUUAAGUCAAGACAGUGUGCCAUUGAACUGAAGACGAACCACAGGACAGAGUCUCAGCUGAUUGUGGACAACGCUACAAGAAUCUCCAGACGUCAGUUUCCAGAAUUUGAUGCUGAACUAAAUAUCUCCGAUAAUCCUACGUUACCCCUCUCCAUUCAAGAUAAGACAUUUAUUUUUGUGAAACUCCCUGAAGAAGACAGCAGAUCUCAGUCGUCUAAAGGUGAACACCGAUCUAAUUUAUAUACUGCAGUUAAAACUUUGCUUCAAGGAAAGGACUUCUACUCUUUUGAAAGUUCAAAAACAUCGCAAUUUAUUGCAUUUAGAAGGCAAGACUGUGACCUCAUCAAUGACUGCUGCUGCAAGCACUACACAGACCACCUCAUCAAAGACCAUGAGAAGAAACUCGUCUUUGCCGUCGAUGAUAAGAUCUGCUGUACCCGGAAUGCGUACCUCUCAGAUUUACUCCCCGACAAAGACCAGGAAGCCGAGGGGAAAGGCUAUGGAGAUGCCCCUGACGACGAUGCUAAAAUCAAUCAGAAUUUCGAAAGCAGCAUCCGGCUGUGCAACGGGGAAAUAUUUUUCAUAACACGGGAUGUGACCGAUGUAACUUCCAAAAGAAAAAGACUUCUGACCAUUAAUAACGAGGCUGGCUUGGAAGUGACUGUGGACUUUCACAAACUAAUGGCAAACUGUCAGAUCAAGCACGCCUGGGCAAGGACCAUUCAUACGUUUCAGGUUGAAGAACCAUCCCCACAAGUGUCUUCUAUAAUGCGGAAUCUGAGGUUGAAUACCCUAACUCCCAGACAGCUUUUUAAACCCACCAAAAAUCAAGAAACAGGUAAGCCAGGUGUGGUGGAUCACGCCCACGAGCCCAGCAAUCAGGAGACAGAAAUGUGAGAAUCCUGUGUUCAUGGCCAGCCUGGACAACAUCACAAGACCCUGCUCAGCCCAUACCACCACCACCACCAAAAACCUCAAAGCAGAGAAAAAAAGCUUACUUCAUAUUGAUCAAGCUUACUUCAUAUUGAUCAAGACAUUUUUUUUUUCCUCCCAACUCAAGAUAAACAUUUUAGCUCCAAAGUUUCAAACUCUGAGAAGACAGCUGUCACCGGGCUUUAUGGUCUGGGGCAUUUGUACUUUUGGGCACAUGGCCCAAAAUAAAAUUUUUAUAUUUUUAAAUCUGAGUUUUAAAAAGGAGGUAUUCUAAAAUCACCCAAACCAAGAAAACCAUGAUGAUUUCAGCCUCUGUCCUUGUGAGAACAGUUAGCAGGGGACACGGUUAGGGGAAAAGAUGCCUUAUGCUUAAAACACUCCCGUUUUAGGGGCUGCUGGACGUUUUGUGAUAGUGCCAUGUGAUCAUUGCAGACCCCCUUUGCCAGCACACUGAACAGCAAAAGGUGGACUGAUUGUAGCUGUUGAUUGUAACACAGUCAAGGAUGCUGUUUGCCACAACAUCCUUGCUGUGAUGCUGUGGCCGUCACUCCAUCCCUGCGCCUGGGGCUCGCCAUACUUGGGGCUUGGAUAUGCCUUUCUGAGCUGGGAGUAAGUUUUGCAUAUAUCCCUUUGUAGGGAGACUUUCUCUUAAAGCAGAUUGGUUUUAAAAUAUUUAUUACCUAGUGGUACUGUGGCUUGAACGUGUCCCCCAAACCUGUGUGGGUUUUUACUGUGGGUGUAGAUGCCUGGUAAAAGUAGCUUUUGGCCGUCUUGAGUUCUCUUGGGCAUUUUGUAGCUGUGGGGGUGCGGACACCUGGCGCUAGGUGUACCUUGUCUUUCCGUUCCUCUUAUUACAGUUCUCAGUAGGUUGCUUAUCAAUUACCUCUCUUCAAUAGCUCAGGCCAUGAAAGCUUCCAGCGAGUGUCACACAUGCCUGUGUUUUUAUAUACUCUGUUGCUUAUCUCUUGGACUGGCAGAGUAGUAGAGACAGUUUUUCCAUCUUUCUCCCUUCUUUUUUGUGCUGGGACUGAAGCCAAGGUCUCAUUCCUUCUAAGACAGCAUUUUACUGUUGAAUUUCAUUCCUGGUCCUAAACAUAACUUAUAUGUAUCGGGAAGUAAACAAACAAAACUAGUCAUGUGACUCAGCUGAUUGUAAUGCUUUUUUUAUUGCGGGUGCCCAGGGACUGAUCUGCAGUAUUUCUGAGAUAUGCCUUUGCGAGAAA